UUUCCUCUUCAUCCCUCCAGCUCCUCUUCUCUGCUCUUUUCUUCUCUGUACCCAACACUAAACUCACAACCCAUCCAUCUUAAUCAACAAAAAUGGCCGUCGAAUCCUUCAACUCCGCCCUCGCCGCUGCGCAGUCCAAGGAGAAGUUCUCCGCCGCUGUGCAAACCGCUGCCGGAAAGGUCAACGCCGAUGCCCUGAAGGCCGCUGUCGAUGCCGUGCUCGCUGGCGGUGACGACGCCUCGGUCUCUGAUGCUGAUCAGAGCGGUGCCCUCAAGUCCGGUUUCGAAUUCGCGACGGAGCUCGUCAAGGCCCUGCAGAAGGAGCCCGGGACUGAUGAUAAGUUGAAGCUGUAUGCGUUCUUCAAGCGGUCGAAGGAUGAGGAGCCUGCCCAGCCUAGCUUCUACCAGAUCGAGAGCAAGUACAAGUACAACGCGUGGAAGGAAAUCAGCCAUAUCAGCCAGCAACGGGCUCAGGCUCUGUACAUCCAGAAGGUCAACGAUCUUAUUGACUCGAUCGGUACCCAGUAAGAAGGGGGAAUAUACUGGAUAAUACAAUAUGGAAUAGACCGGAAGGCUGGUUUUGGAUAUGGUGGCUUUUUCCAUGUUAUCUGAUGCUAUCU